AGCAAGUCGACGGCAUCAAUCUCGAUGGGAGUAUGGAAGACGACCGUGAUGCCGCGGAUCAUGCGCAGCAGUCAACGAGAGUGCGGCGUAUCCUCGUCGAGCUAGAGCAGCGGCUGCGAAAAUGAGGACUGGUAGGACUGCCGAUGCUUUGGGAUGCGGGAUAAUGUGCGUGUCGACUGAAAGGGUGCAACAAACAUUAGGAGUGCUGUCUUUAGCGCUGUCGGAAGCAUGGCGCUAUGAUUCAGCUCGUCGCUGCUUUCCCGAUCUAACUGUCUAUUCUUGCUCCGAACAUAUGCGGAAUGAAGAAAAGUACCGCCGUCAUGAGGGUCGUGCACAUUGCGUCAGCCAUAAGUAAGAUCACAUUUCCGG